GCCGAAGCUUAGGGGGCUCUUCGCUUUCUCUCUGCUCCCUCCAUCUUUUGCAUUUCCUUGCACUCUUCAGUCUCAUAUUCGUCAAUUUAUCAACAUUUGCGAAGGAGAAGAACAACAACAAAUUGACUGAAUAAACUCACAUUCACAAUGCCGUCAAUAUCCAGAACCCUCCGAAUAGCAUCACAUUUCUCGCGGUCUUCCACCAAAACCUACCUCAAUUUUGGCCGGUCCUUUUCUACUACCUACCGUCGUAAUGAAAUUAACAAAGUAUAUCCAUCCGCCGAAGCUGCCAUUUCGGACAUGAAAUCCAAUUCGACCGUGCUCUGUGGCGGCUUUGGACUCUCUGGCGUCCCAGACACUCUCAUCAAUCAAGUGCAAGCGACCCCCUCCAUAACCGGUCUCACAGCCGUAUCCAACAAUGCAGGCAUUGUUGGCGGUGGUCUUGGGCUUCUGCUCGAAAGUAAGCAAGUUAAGAAGAUGAUAGCUUCGUAUGUUGGGGAGAACAAAAUCCUCGAGCAGAUGUACCUCUCCGGAGACCUGGAAUUAGAACUCACACCACAAGGCACACUCGCUGAGCGGUGUCGAGCAGGCGGUGCUGGCAUCCCGGCAUUCUUCACCCCAGCUGCCAUGGGCACCGUCGUGCAAACCGGUGAACUCGCUCUCCGUCACAACAAAGAUGGAUCAGUCGCCGAAUACAGCAAUCCUCGGAACGUCCAAGUCUUCAACGGGAAAUCCUACGUCAUGGAAGAAGCAAUCAAGGGCGACUACGCCUUCAUCAAAGCCUACAAAGCCGAUCGAUUGGGGAACCUUCAAUUCCGGUUCUCUGCGCAAAACUUCAACGGCGCCAUGGCCCGUAAUGCAAAGGUCACAAUCGUAGAAGCAGAGCACAUCGUCGAGAUUGGCGAGAUUGGUCCUGGCGCCAUCCACGUCCCUGGCAUCUACGUCGACCGCGUGAUCCAGAGCACCGCAGAGAAGAAGAUCGAAAAAAUCAUUAACGCAAAAGAUCCCAAAGAUGCAAUGACCUCACUCGGCAGCGGCGAUACUGCCUCAAAACGCGAACGCAUUGUUCGCCGAGCUGCGAAGGAAUUCAAGAAUGGAAUGUACGCUAACCUAGGAAUCGGCAUGCCCAUGCUGGCUCCCUCUUUUGUUGACCCCUCUGUAGAGGUCCAACUCCAGUCUGAAAAUGGCAUCCUUGGGCUGGGACCUUACCCCCAGAAGGGGCUCGAAGACCCCGAUCUUAUCAACGCUGGCAAAGAAACCGUAACGCUUCUCCCUGGUGCAUCCUGCUUUGGGUCCGAAGAAUCCUUUGGAAUGAUCCGAGCUGGAAAAAUCAAUCUCACUAUCCUCGGCGCCAUGCAGGUCUCUGCUCGCGGCGAUCUCGCCAAUUGGAUGUUGCCCGGGAAGGUGAAGGGCUUUGGAGGCGCCAUGGAUUUGGUGUCAAAUCCGCAGGCCACAAAAGUGGUCGUCACCAUGGAACAUACUGAUAAGAAGGGCAGGCCGAAGAUUUUGAAACAGUGCGAGUUUCCGUUGACGGGGAAGGCAUGUGUCAGUAGAAUUAUUACAGAUUUGUGCGUAUUCGACGUUGACUUCACAGACGGCCUAACACUGGUUGAACUUGCAGACGGAGUCACAGUAGACGAGGUGAAGUCUAAGACUGAUGCGCCUUUCAAGGUUGCCGAUGUUCUGAAGCCCAUGCUAUAAAACCCCUGGUAUACUUUUGUACUUGUUCGUUUGGCAAACAGCGCUUGAUUCUGGUCCUAUAAAUGGAAGGGGGUUGUUUGUGAAAUAGACCGUUUGCAUAUGCAUAUUCGCCUAGAGAAGCAACGAAGGGUCUCCCUGCACACCCGCGUUCCCCACUGCUUGUCCUAACCAUUUCUUUCCAUCAUGAUCCAAUUAAAAGAGGAGUUCCACCCAGAAACGCC